CCACCAGAAUCGUCGUGUGGAUAAGAAGCGAAGAACGCUCGAAAAUUCAUCCGAACACUAACAAAACAGAGUCGGAAAAGAGCUCCAUUUCUCAACGACAAUGGCUUCUCUGUCUUCCAUUUCGUCGCCAUCUCUUCUCCCUGCUAAAGCUCUCACCUUUCAACGUUCCUCGCACCAGCUCCUGCUGCUGCCUUUCAACACCCAGACCAGCAAACCCGCCCAGAAGCAGCUUUCUUUCAGAGUCCACGCCGCCAGGCUUCCUGCUGGUGUGGUGCAGCCAAAAGUUCAGCCCAAGUUCCAAGCCCCAUUCCUAGGCUUUACCAAGACUGCUGAAACCUGGAACUCCAGGGCUUGCAUGAUUGGCCUAAUUGGGACUUUCAUCGUCGAGCUGAUAAUACACAGAGGCAUACUUGAAGUGAUUGGAGUUGAGAUUGGGAAGGGCCUGGAUAUUCCUCUGUAAAAGUAUUCAUCUUUGUAACUUUGGAUUUGACAUACUAUGUGGUAAC